ACCUCACCGAUGAUACCGUUGUAUAUCAGUCAAAGUGCAAGGGAAAUUGUUUGUCAAUUCAUUCAUUGUAUCAGUACAUCAAGUUUUGGUCAGGGGAUUUCACAUGGAUUCCCAGACACAUUUUUGGUCUGAGGAUUUCCCAUAGAUCGCCACCAUCAGUGAAAGUCUUGACACUGCGAGAGAUCCCAAAACUGCACGUUGUCGGCAGGAUUCGAACCUGCGCGGGGAAACCCCAAUGGAUUUCGAGUCCAUCGCCUUAACCACUCGGCCACAACAACUUGUCAGAUGCACAGAAUCUCAUCGAUUAUGCCGUUGUAUAUCAGUCAAAGUGCAAGGAAAACUGUUUGUCAAUUCAGUCAGCAACCAUGAAGAUCCAGGCAAUUUCACCUGGAUCUCCAUUGUCACAGACGUCCUUACACCAUGACUGAAAGGGAUUUCAUGGAUUCUCUGACACGUUUUUGGUCUGAGAAUUUCCGAUGGAUCGCCACCAUCAGUUAAGUCCACGAGAGAUCCCAAAACUGCACGUUGUCGGCAGGAUUCGAACCUGCGCGGGGAAACCCCAAUGGAUUUCAAGUCCAUCGCCUUAACCACUCGGCCACAACAACUUGCCACAAGAUCGGAACCUCAUUGAUUCUGCCGUUGUAUAUCAGUUGAAAUGCCAUGAAAACUUUCUGCCAAUUUUCUGAACAACCGUGAGAGACUUGUCAUGUUUAGACUCGUAAACUCGCGAUUUUGGGGGAUUUCACAUGGAGUCCCUGACACGUUUCUGGUCUGAGGAUUUCCCAGGGAUCGUCACCGUUAGUGAAGUCUUGACACCACGAGAGAUCCCAAAACUUCACGUUGUUGGCAGGAUUCGAACCUGCGCGGGGAAAUCCCAAAGGAUUUCAAGUCCAUCGCCUUAACCACUCGGCCACAACAACCUGUAAGAUGCACAGAACCUCAACGAUUAUGCCGUUGUAUAUCAGUCAAAGUGCAACUGUUUGUCAAUUCAGUCAGCAACCAUUGAAGAUCCAGGCAAUUUCACCUGGAUCUCCAUUGUCACAGACGUCCUUACACCAUGACUGACAGGGAUUUCAUGGAUUCCCUGACACGUUUUUGGUCUGACCAUGAGACUUGUAAACUUCUGAGUGGUAUUCCAGCUUGCGAUUUUGGGGGAUUUCACAUGGAGUCCCUGAUAGGUUUUUGGUCUGAGAAUUUCCAAUGGAUCGCCACCAUCAGUGAAGUCCACAAGAGAUCCCAAAACUGCACGUUGUCGGCAGGAUUUGAACCUGCGCGGGGAAACCCCAAUGGAUUUCAAGUCCAUCGCCUUAACCACUCGGCCACAACAACUUGCCACAAGAUCGGAACCUCACCAGUUAUGCCGUUGUAUAUCAGUCAAAGUGCAAGGAAAACUGUUUGUCAAUUCAGUCAUCAACCAUGAAGAUCCAGGCAAUUUCACCUGGAUCUCCAUUGUCACAGACGUCCUUAUACGAUGACUGAAAGGGAUUUUUUGGUCUGAGAAUUUCCGAUGGAUUGCCACGAGAAGUCCACGAGAGGACUUCACUGAUGCACAAAACUGCACGUUGUCGGCAGGAUUCGAACCUGCGCGGGGAAACCCCAAUGGAUUUCAAGUCCAUCGCCUUAACCACUCGGCCACAACAACUUGUCAGAUGCACAGAACCUCAUCGAUUAUGCCGUUGUAUAUCAGUUGAUGAAAACUUUACCCCAAACGACCAAUGGUUAAAAUGCAAGGAAAACUGCUUGCCAAUGUAGUUAGGAAGUUAGCUAGCAUGGGACUUGUCGGCGAUUUCGUAGUCUUUAGAACCUCGCCGAUUAUGCCGUGCUACAUCAGUUGAAAUGCAAGGGAAGCUGUUUGUCAAUUCAGUUUUUGUCAGUUUCACUUUUGGUAAGCCAGUAACAAAAAAUGUAACCACAGCAUCAGUGUGUGUUUCUCACCUCAUAUUUUCCAAGUGUAUUUCAAAGUUUUUUACAAAAAAGUCCUUAACAUCCUCUGUCUUAGCCGGGCUACAAUUGCCUUAGAAUCAGUUUAAAAAAACAUCCAAAUCACUCUAAUGAUAACCUAAAGCCGGCCUGAUUACACUGUAAAUGACUUUGGAAAGGUCAGACUCAAUCGGAUGCUGGUGCAGUUGGAUUUACUUGUCUUUUCUCCCCCUAAGAUGAUGAACUUGCUUGCAUAUCUUUUCUUAUCUCUCCAGCCUAAAUCCUGUCUGAACCUCUUACUUCUGUCCAUUCUUUACAGAUUACAGAUUAUGCCAUUUUUAGAAUAAUUUGCCUCAUCUUUGAUUUCAAAGGCAUGUUUUAUUGCGUGCACGGGAAGUGAAUGAGAAUAUCUGACGUUAGGUUGGAGUAUAUUUAUGCGAUGCAGUCUGUUAUGCAGGUCUGGAGGGGUUGGCAUUCGCUAUCUUGGUUUUGACUGUUUAUGAAGAGCCAUAGCGGAAUUCCAAAUAGGAUAAUAAUUAUUUCAUGGUAGCUGUGCUUGGGCUGUUCAUUGAAGACAUUAAAUUAAGCGUGCUAAACAAUGAUAGACCUGAUAUACUUUUUGAUAGACUUUUUGGUUUAUUCAUUAAGCACAUUUUUUUCCACCUCUAACUGUUGGUAGAGUAUAUCGGGAAGCCAUUUUGGGGUUGCCAUGGCAAUAAGAAAGUGCAGCUCAGGUAGUUUCUAACGUUGCCCCCUACCCUGAAAAACCCUGAGAAUAAUUGACCGAUUUUCCAGUCGUGGAGAAUGAGAAAAAAUGGCACGGGGGUGGAAUGCCCCCCAUAUAAAAGACUUGCCCCCCUUCCCCUCCCUCUCCUCAGCAAAUAUCCAAUCACUGUUAGUAUGCAAAUGAGCCAGGAGCAGCUCUAGAGCUUUUAUUGUGAAGGUGGUACUGAAAGUGCAUUGUUGGUCUUGACUGUUUCCUGAGUUUAUGGCCGUCAUCCUUUCUUUUUGUGGUUAUUAAUGUUGUAUGUACAACACAUAAUAUAAAUAAAUAUCAUUAUGUUUCAUCAUCUUUUUCCCAACCCUCAUUCAAGUCAUUCGGCCAUAGGCUCGUUGGAACACAAACCUGUUUUUUCGACUGUUUGAAGAAGUUCUUCAUGACUGUUUUUCUGCUGCAAUGGUGUGUUGUUAGAGGCCUUGCUUACACAGCUCAACAAUCCAAGAGCGUUCA